AUGCGCUGGCCUCGGAGCUGGGAGUUCAGCGGCCGCUGUGGUCAGACCUCUGGGCGCCGAGUGGCCCAGGGUCCAUGCACAGGAAUCUUUAAGGGACACCAGGCAUCAGUCCCUUACGGCGAAGUUACCAAAGUGCAAGUCCCGAUUGGUGCCCAGGACGACAGGGCGGAGGGUCUCCAGGACUGGGGGCCCGGAGCCCAGCCCUGGACAGACGGCUUUGGAAAUCUGGGGCUCGGGCCCCCCUCGCUCCCUGUGGGGCUUCCUAGUUUCAGUCCUUGGACGCAGCGCUGCGCCGAGAACCAGAGCCGCCGCGAGGAAACGCAAUUCCAGCAGGGGCGCCCCUCCUGCCUGCUUCCCACCACCUGCGAGUGGGCUGCCGCCGGCACAGGUGCAGAGGGAGGGAGCCGCACCCGUGGGGCCACGCAGGCCUGUGGCUGUGGCCGCUGCUCUCACUCCUUGCCCCUCCCAGCCCCUCAGCCGGCGCAGCAGAACGUGGGCAUCGAGCACAGGCCCCUCUGCGGGGCCGAAGCCUGUCCUUCCCAGCUCCGAGAACGUGUGUCCUGCCGAGCAGGCAUGUUCUCGGCACGGUGGACCUCCAGGCCCCCUUCUCGCACCCAGAAGGCAAGAGCCAAGGCGGCAGCACGAGCCGCGCUGGCUGGGACACGACAGGCAGGCUCUGCGCACCUGCUCCACGGGCCACAGGACAGCGCGGGAAAGUCAAAGCAACGGAAUUACGUGGCCAGUUUAGGUUUUCAAAAGACCCAGCUGGCCGCCGGGUGGAGAAUGCCCUGGGCACGGAGGCCAGAGCUUCGUAAGAUGAGGGACACCGAGGAAGGAACCAAGAGGCCCACUUUGACCCUGACGGUAGCCCGUGCACGGCCCUGGGUCAGGCCACAGCACCUGCUUCUCAGCCCAAGGCUGCCCCGGGUGUUCCGAGGGGUGCAGCCGUUCUUCCUGGCACUGGCCGGCUGCCCAGGUGCAGCCCAGAGCCCCUGAGCUGUUUCUGUCCUUGGGGUCCAGCUCUGCCAGGAUGUGUGGCCAUGAGCCAGUGGGCAAGGGUUUGCAACGGGGUGAUGCCGAGGCCAGGCACAGAGGGAGCUUCCUAAGAAGGGAGGUGGGGCAGGCUGGGGCAAGCUCAGGGCCAGUCCCUGCUGGCCAGAGUGGGGCCUAGAGCAGAGGAGCCGCAGGGUGGGUGAGAGCGGGCAGCGAAGCCCCGGGGGACCGGUCCUGCAGAGGGACAGCACAGCUGAGGGUCUGGGGACCUGGGUGACAAGCUGGGCUGCUGCUUGCUGCGCAGGAACCAGGGCUGGUGGUUUCGAUGGCCAAGCCACGAAGAGGAAGCAGGGAAGGGGCAGGCACAGUCGGACAGAAGACGCCAGAGAGACAUCUGUGAAGCAAGGACUUAGCUCCCUGUGGACUCUGGUCAACACACGCACACAUGCAUGCACAGCCGCUGGCUGCAGGAGCUCCCGGGGGCAGGGCCCUUCCCCCGCUCCCUCCUGCUCAGUGCCGAGCCGUCCACGCACCCACACCCGCUCUCCAGGCUCCCCAGGCCACCCCGACACCCCAGAACCAGCCUCCUUUAGCUCAGGGGCCCUGUCCUGGUGUGCAGGGCCGAGCCGGACUGAAUUGGGGAACAUGAAAAGGGGGUUGGGACGGGGCCCCAAGACGUUGCAAUCGUCCGUCCUUGCCCAGCUCAGAGCAGAUCUGCAGUCCCACAUGGGAGCCCAGAGGCCAGGACUGGGAUGUUUAUACGCGCACACCCUCAGCCCUCCCAACUGUUUCCCAAGAAGGGACCCAGCCUGCAGGAAAAUUCUAGUAACCAGCUUUCUAAGAAGUGGGGAGGGCAAUCUCCAGGAAGGCGGCACUCAGGGAGCAGCUGGCCAAGGGCAGUGAGUUGCCGGAACAUUCUGCAGCCAGGGAGCGGCCGGCCCCAGCGAUCCUCGGUGAGAUGGCAUCCUUCGUGCCAGCUCUCUCUGCCCUCUGACCCCGCAAGGCCUGAGGGCCCCACGCCGCGCCUGCCCCGCCCGGGCUGCACCAUGGGCCGCUUUGCACCUGGCUGCACCAGCCGGGAAAGUGCUGCUGCCAGGAGACUUUGCCGAGAAAGAACAGCCUCGAGGGCCCAUUCUCGGCCCGCCCGUCACUCAGCGCUGUCGGGGUAUGGUCGGGGCCCCCAGGCUGCCGCACGAGACGCGCGGCGGGGGGCUGUUCUCGGGCAGGCUUUAGCUUCGGGACUGUGAACUCUGUGGCAAGGGGACCUCCCCUUACAGGCCUAGCCUCCCCGAAAUGACGUUCCCCGGCAGUGCGGCGUCAUUGCACGGCUCACAGCUCCCGUUGGCCCCAUAAUCAUCCCGCAAGAUUCAGCCCAGAGCAGUCACUGGCCACGCCAUAAAACGCAGCUUAGACACCGUCAGAGGCGGGAAGGAAGGGGGGACCCCAGCAGGAGACCGAAUGCUGAGCCAGGCGUCCCGUCCGGUGUCUCCUCCGCAGCCACUGUGGGCCAGCGGUACCGCCAGGGGUGUGGGGCGGGGGGCCAGGCCACCCCAGCUGGCCUCCCGGGGACCUGCAUCAGGACAGGCUCGUCCCAGCAGCAUGACCUGCCUCUGCGGGGCCCCGUCUGCAGGAACACCUGGGUCCCUACCUACCCCCUCAUGUGCCGGAGGCGUGCUCGGGAAACGCAGAUCCUAAAAGGAGCCCAAACCAAAUGCGAUCCGGAAAACAUGAACGGUAGGGCCAAAACCAUGGGACGAUCCAAAGUCAAAAGUGAAAGCUGAUUUGGGUUGGAACCACGCUUGGGGCUUUUCUGUGCGGCCCUGCCCCUUCCCACCGCACGGCUCCAGGAGCUGACGAUUCUCUAAGGGUGAACCACGCUGGGAUCGCGGAAGGACGAGGACCCACGGAGGCCUGUCUCUGUGGGCACACGCUCUCCUGCCCUAUGAGGCAGUGCCGGCCCACAACCCCGUUCUCCCCACCUCCCAUGGCUCUGAAGACCACACCUCGGCGAGGCAGGUGCUUUCUGGUCCCGGCCUGAGAAUAGAGGCCGCCUGCUCGCCCUGACGGCCAGCAGCAAGUCUGGGGAGAGACCAGCCUGCUGUGUGGCCAGUGUCUCCACGGAGCGCUGCGAUGGGUGUUUGAUCCCAGCCCUGCAGAUCCGAAAACAACAGAGACAGGGGAAAUGUGGUGGGUGUUCUUGAUGCACCCAUCCUCCGGCCCCUGGGAACCCCGAAGCCCGAGCAGGGCCCCUCCACCCAGCCAGCCACUCGGGCCGUGCUGCCCUGCACCUUCCAGAGGAGGAGCGUCUGGGAGCCACCCCGGCCCCGGUCCUCCUGCCGGAGCAGCAGCCCCAAGCCCUCCCAGCACAGACCACGGCUUCCGUCUGUGAACGUGAAGGCCGCCUCUCCCCAGCGGGGCAAAGCGCAGCCCAGAGCACAGGCUUCCAGAAGGACUUGGAAACGCGCAGGCACGUGCUGAGCUGGGCGGCAGCGGCCCAGACGGGGAAGCGGGCGUCCGGCCGCCUGAAGCCGCCCCUACCCCGCCGGCUGCCGCUGGCCCGAGUCUCUGGCCCGGGGACUAGCCCUGGCACGGAGGACACGUCUUGGCCCAGAACGGCGUGACUAAUUGCUCGACAAACAGGAAGGCUUUUCACCUGCCCAGCGCUCAGUCAGGGUUUCCUACCAGAUGAUAGCAUCAGGAGCCCGGAGAACAGGCAGUUCUGUUCCUCGCCGGGAGCUUCUCAUGCUGGUGACGUCAGCAGGGCACAAGGCGGUGCCCGGCCCGCAGGGGUGCGUGGGGGAGGGAGCUGGCAGCCAGCAUCCGGGCCUCCAGGACAGGGACGCUCAGCCCCAAGCAGGGGUGUGGGCCUGAGAGAAGGGAGGGCUUCUCUCCUGGCAACUUCCAGGAAUGGGAUUUUUUCCCAGCGCAGCAGAGAAAAAAACAGGAUAAAGUUGCAGGACAGAGGGGGUCAGGGGGAGCGGGUCAGAGGCCUCUGCCUCGGGCCCCGGUCAUUCUGUUGCUGGUUCUUUGUUUUUUAAAGAUUUCUUUGUAUUUGAGAGUGCAGGCAAGUGCGACGGGGCGGGGCAGGAGGGGAGGGGAGAAUCUGAAGCCGACUCUGCCCUGAGCACGGAGCCCGACACAGGCUGGAUCCCAGGACCCUGAGGUCAUGACCUGAGCCGAAACCAAGAGUCUGAAGCCAAACAGACAGAGCUCCGCCCCCACCGGCGCCCCCUGUUGCUGGUUUUUUUAUUUUAUUUUAUUUUUAAUUACUUUUCAGUU